AUCAUCAGUCCUUUUCACAUCACUUUCACCAGCACCGACGCCCAGUACUUGCCUUGACAACGACGUCGACGUUGCCGACGUUCUAGAGUAUGGUAAACAAUGUCUAGACGUCCAUCAUCCCCGGCACGAGCCAUAAGCCCGCAGAACCCUUUGUCCGAUGCAUCCACAACGCCAACUACAGACCAAGUCACACCUUCAACCCCACUACCGCGGGGUCGGGUGUCUUCACGAUAUCCUUCCAACCUUAGCGCUGGAGAUCCAGGCCGUGUGCCUCUGCACCGUCGCGGAAAGUCGAGGACGUACGAAUGUCUGGAGGAUCUCUUGAAGGAGGCGGGAUACAAGGAGACUAGAGUCUUUACUCCGGAGUCUGAGAGGGCUGAAGCUCGUGCCGAGGAACAGCGCUCCCUGAGGUCCGGAAGCAUUCGAGGGGGUGUAGAUGCUGUUGUGGGCUUUCUGGCUGGCUUUAUGCCUGGCGCCGCCAGGAGCGAGGACAAUUCUGACAGUCUGAACACUAGCUCUUCCGUGGAGGACAGCAUGCCUGCCUCGGGCAGGAGGUCCUUACCUGCAUCCCCGCUUGCUCACAAACAUCCUCAGACUGCCGACUCUUUGUCACCUGCCAUGACCACAAUUCGAUAUAGCUCGGCUUCCCCGCGUGCCCAUGUCCAACAACUCUCCAAUCAUUCGUUGCCCCACCCUACUCGUCAAACUCUUCGACAUCAGCCUUCAGCUUCGAGCAGUCUCCGUACUUAUGUUCAGGUUACCGCGGCGAGGGGCCACUUGAGACAUAUGGCGUCCGCGCCAAAUAUCCCGAAACGAACAGCGUCCAGUCGCGAGAGUUUUUCAAGGCGCAAGACAGUGGUAGGAAAUACCGACUAUGAAGACAUCCCUUCCCUUCCCAUCAACUGGCGCGGGAAUGUCACCAAGGCAGUCCUUGGCUCAACUAGUUCUGAUGCAUACAUUGGAGGCCCUUCUUCUCGCCCACUCAGUCGGCAUUCACAUCACACUACUCGUUCUUCAAGACCUCCCACUGUAUUUUCUGACCAUACCAACCGACUCAACAUGAAGAACAACCGAAAUACAUCUAGUUCCCUUGCUCCGCAUAACUUGACGUCAUAUCUACAGCGUGCACAGACGGCACCGAACGAAGUUACUACAGUCAGAGUGGUCUGUCGAUCAGCCCCAGCAUCUCGAUCAUCUUCUCGAGCAGGAGAGCGUCUGUCUCGUACCGCUGACCGUGGCCUACGAAUGAUGCCCUCGCGGAAAUCCAAAGGCAACAAACCUGACUGCGUGCCCUCACUAGCGGACACUCAACUAGAGAACGACAUUUGGGAGGUACAAUGGGUCAAUGGAAUGCGCUUACCUGCUUCGAGCGCAGAUAAUUAUGAAGCUGAACUUACAGAUAGCGAUGACGAUGAAGGAGAGCUUGAUCUUGCGCGGUUACUCGUUCCUCCCAAACGCCAGAACUCCAUUCGCAGUCUUCGUCGACAUCUUCAUCGGAGCGAAAGUGUACGCGCUCUUCGAAACAGAGCCAGUCGUGCGCUUAAUUCAUGGGCAUUCGAGGAUGAUGAGGAUGGACCCUCGUCCACCAGAGCAUCAGUGAGAGGGCGCAGUCGUCGGGCUUCCAUGGAAGAGGGCGAUGAAUAUGGUUACGAAGCUAUAGGUUUACCCGGCUUCGACCAAGUAGGAGGGAAGCGCAGGCGUGGAAUCCCAGGUGUAUGGUCGCUCGGAGGAAGAUGACACCAUGCCCGACCAUAUGACUUCAAAGACAUUUUGCAUACAAGUGAUUAACGACAAAGUCAGAACGACUUAGAAGGACAAGUCUUGACUCUCAACUCCCGCUUACUUAUCAUCAUUUUAUUCCUUAAUCCCCUAUUCUGAUUCACUUAUUCGCCUUUCUCUUCGUCCCUCAUAUGCAUCGGACCCCAACGUACAAUACACACUCUGGUCAAUCGUUCACAUGUUUCAUAUUUUUUUUUUGGAUACAUUGCUCGCAUUUUUCGAAUUCAAUCACCAUAAACCCCAGUAGUUUCUCCUUGAAUAGCUGUAUAGCUGUAUCUGUCAGAUACACGCGUGUCACUCUUUUCUGUAGAUAUAGAUAGGAAGUUCUGUAUUCUAAUACGGUCGUCGAACUCAUGAUGAAUUUCAUGUCGGCAUACGUGCAGCUUCUCGUC